GAAUUCAUGUAUACACCAUUUGACUGAAAAAGACAAUGUAUUUGCUGAUACUGAUGUUGAUUCCGCGUGCGCUAUAUCAGCUGUCAAGAACUUUGUGCAAAAACUUUUGUUUCAUUCGCGAACAGUUAUUUUUCAACAAAAUUUCUGGCACCGCUGAACCUCACAACAGCAUGAUGAAAGUGAACGCGAUCUCAAGAAUUUUAUAGUUGUUAUUAUACAUAUAUUUCUCGUGACAAGUCAUAAGAAAAUGGGCCGUAAAAAAGGUGUGUGUGGUAAAAAACGCAUCCAGCAACUUGCAGUUGACAAAAAUUCAAUCUAUACAGCUCAAAAUAUUCCGGAACUGAAGCGUUCUGCGACUCCGAAUGAUUUUGAGGAAAACCCCCAGAUACAGGGAACAGCUCAACAUUUGCACUGUUCUUCGGAAGUCAUCAUUGAAGCAACAGAGAUAGAAAUUGAUUCAUCUCUUGAUGCAAAUAAAAUUGAAUUUGAUGCUCCUCUAAUUGUCGUCGAUUUUCAUGAAGAACAUUCAGCACCGAUGAUAUCUGAGCAGUGUUUAAACGAUGAUUGUAAUGGUUUGUCAAUGCAAGUGAACAAAUUAAAAGAAAAGCAUAAAAAAUUGAAAAACAAAAUUAAAGAGUUCAAAGAUGCAACCAAUAACACACAGAAGGCCUUGGAAAAGUUAACAAAAGUGAUGAAAAAAUAUAAAAAAAUUAAAAAGCAAAACGAAGAGCUCAAAAACGCAAAUCUUCGCUUACAAAACUCUUUAACAUCAAAUUUAAUGCUUGUACAGGAAAUACCAUUUACAGAAAUCGAAGGAUUACCAAACAACGAUCGCCUUCUAAAAUUCUCGACUGAGGCCGGCGACAGUGACUAUUUAUUUACAAAAUUUUUAAUGUGCACACUAUGGCCUGCAGGAUUUUUACGGCGAAGCGUCACCGGAAGAAGGUCCAAUAACCCUGCUGGAAGCUCAAAAUCAGGGAUAUCUGAGCCAUUUGUUAUGCGAACUCCAUUAGAAAAGGAGAAGGUAGAUUACAUAAAAGAUCGUCUUUUUGAAAGAAGAAUGCAUAUGAGAGAUGGACCAGCAGUUUCAUCAAGAAAAGCUCAAGGUGGAAAUCGACUAAUGACACGAGUAAUUGCGAACUCGCUUCGAGAUGCGACUCGGUAAAAAUAUACAGACAUCCAAUAAAUAUUUAUAAUUUUCAAAAGAUUCGAUUAAAGAUUACAGGCAAAUACAAAUCAAAACAAAUCCAAAUUUUAAUUUCUUUGAAUAAAAAAAACUAAUUUGGAUAG